AUGGCUUUACACCCCUCGGAAGUCGCUAAGCAUAACAACGCCAAGUCUUGUUGGCUUAUCAUUCAUAAUGAAGUCUACGAUCUAACCAAGUUCCUUCCACACCACCCUGGAGGUCGUAGAGUCAUUUUGAUGCAUGCGGGCAGAGAUGCUACUCAAAGAUUCAACCUUGUUCAUUCAAAGGAUAUACUUGACAAAUGGCUUGACCCUACUCAAAAAUUGGGUGCUAUUGAUUCCAGUGAGGCUGUGGAAGCCGGCAUCCUGCAAGAGGAAGAGGAACGCGAAACUACCAACAAGAAACUGCCACUCUCACAAUGCAUUACCAUAAGAGACUUCGAAGCCGUGGCCCAACAAACCAUGAGAAAAGAGUCAUGGGAGUACUAUUCAACAGGAUCAGAAGACGAGUUCACCCUCAAGGAAAACAUAACUGCCUUCCAAAAGAUUCGUUUCCGUCCCAAAGUCCUCGUCAAUGUCGAACAUGUCGAUAUAUCGACAACUCUUCUAGGGACAAAGACGGCAAUCCCCAUCUAUGUCUCAGCUACAGCUAGUGCCAAAUUGGGUCAUCCGGAGGGCGAAGUGGUCCUAACAAGAGCAAGCAACAAUCACGGCAUUGUGCAAAUGAUACCGUUGUACUCAUCAUGCCCUAUCGAGGAGGUUACUGAUGCCAGGGCCCCGGAUGCCACUCAAUGGUUUCAGAUAUAUGUUAAAAAGGACCGCAACGCCGCUCGUAAGGCUGUUGAGAAGGCCGAGAGACUUGGUUGCAAGGCUCUCUGCAUCACCGUCGAUAACCCUCACUUGGGUAGUCGCGAAAGAGUUUUGCGAUCGCACCACGAAGGUGACACAGGCAACGACGACGAGUUUGAGGAUGCGCCAGCCACCGAGCUAGACCCUUCGCUCACCACAAACGCAAGCCUGGCUUGGGAAGAUAUCCCUUGGUUUCAGAGUAUUACAAAAAUGCCUAUCGUCAUCAAGGGCGUACAGCGGGUUGAGGAUGUCCUUACCGCGGUAAAAUAUGGCGUCAGCGCUGUAAUUCUCUCCAACCACGGUGGUCGUCAGCUUGAAUACGCCGAAGCUCCCAUCGAAGUGCUCGCCGAGGUGAUGCCUAUAUUGCGAGAGCGUGGGCUUGACAAGAAAAUCGAGGUAUAUAUGGAUGGUGGCGUUCGCCGAGGCACCGACGUUCUUAAAGCUCUCUGUCUUGGUGCUCGCGGGGUUGGGAUUGGUCGCCCAUUCCUGUAUGCGAUGGCAGGGUAUGGUCAGAAGGGCGUCGAGAAAGCCAUGCGGAUCUUUAAGGAUGAGUUGGAGCGGAACAUGCGCCUCAUAGGAUGCAAUUCUAUCGACGAACUGCAUCCUGGAUUGGUUAAGUUGCUUUCCAGGGAUCAAGCAAAGAUCUAA